UGGGCGCUCUUCGCGACUGUGACUGCCCGCCCUGGUGUAGGGUUGCUUUGGCAAGGGACUGAGCACAGUGGAAGAACCUCGCCGUCCACCGCCAAACAGGGAAAAUCGGAGCUGCGAGCAUGGCGGUCGAAGAGGAAGGGCUCCGAGUUUUUCAGAGUGUCAAAAUAAAAAUAGGUGAGGCGAAGAACAUCCCUCCAUACCCGGGGCCUAACAAGAUGAGGGACUGCUACUGCACCGUCAACCUAGACCAGGAGGAGGUCUUCCGCACAAAGAUGAUCGAGAAGUCCCUGUGCCCCUUCUACGGGGAAGACUUCUACUGUGAAAUUCCCCGCAGUUUCCGCCACCUCUCGUUCUACAUCUUCGACAGGGACGUCUUCAGGAGGGACUCCAGCAUCGGUAAAGUGGCAGUGAAGAAGGAGGAUCUUCAGAAGUACCACGGUAAAGACACCUGGUUCCAGCUGCAGCACGUCAGUGCUGAUUCAGAGGUGCAGGGGAAGGUUCACCUGGAGCUGCGACUGAAUGAAGUAAUAACUGACAGUGGCGCCAUCUGCCAUAAGCUGGCCACACGAGUGCUGGAGUGCCAGGGCCUGCCCAUUGUUAAUGGACAGUGUGACCCCUAUGCUACAGUGUCACUACUGGGACCAUCCAGAUCAGAGGCCAAAAAGACCAAGGUGAAGAGGAAAACCAACAACCCCCAGUUCGAUGAGGUCUUCUAUUUUGAGGUGACCAGACCACUCAGCUACACCAGACGACACUUUGAUGUAGAGGAGGAUGAUGUUGACAAGAUGGCACUUAGGGUGGACCUGUGGAACGCCAGUAAUCUGAAGUUUGGGGAUGAGUUUCUGGGAGAGGUGCGGGUCCCGCUAAAGGUGCUGGGACAGACGGGUGCGCAUGAUGCAUGGUACUUUCUGCAGCCGCGGGAUAGUGGUGGUAAGGCAGGGAAGCCUGAUGAUCUGGGCUCUCUGCGGCUCAACAUUGUUUACACGGAGGACCAUGUCUUCCCCUCUGAAUACUACAGCCCACUCCAAGAGCUGCUGCUCAACUCUGCCCACGUGGAGCCCGUGUCAGCAUCUGCAGCUCACAUCCUUGGGGAAGUGUGUCGGGAGAAGCAGGAGGCCGCCGUGCCGCUGGUGCGACUCUUCCUGCAUUCGGGGAAAAUCGUGCCCUUCAUCAGCGCCAUCGCCCACGCAGAGAUCAACAGGACACAGGACCCCAACACCAUUUUCCGGGGGAACUCGCUGACGUCCAAGUGCAUCGACGAGACCAUGAAGCUGGCGGGCAUGCACUACCUACAGGUCACCCUCAAACCCAUCAUCGAUGAGAUCUGCGCAGACCACAGGCCCUGUGAGAUCGACCCGGUGAAGCUGAAGGAGUCCGAGAACCUGGAGACCAACAGGGAGAACCUGCGGCAGUAUGUGGACCAGAUCUUCUCUGUCAUCACCAAGUCUGGCGUCAGCUGCCCCACGGUCAUGUGUGCCAUCUUCUUCUCCGUGAGGGAGUCCGCCGCCACCCGUUUCGAAGAGGAUCAGGAUGUCAGAUACACUGCCGUUAGCAGCUUCAUUUUCCUGCGUUUCUUCGCCCCGGCGAUCCUGUCACCUAACCUUUUCCAGCUGAGGCCACACCACCCGGACCCCUGCACCUCUCGAACCCUGACCCUCAUUUCUAAGACCAUUCAGACCCUGGGGAGUUUGGCUAAGUCUAAGUCUGGGAGUUUCAAAGAGUCUUACAUGGCGUCGUUCUUCAAUUACUUCAACGAGCAGAAAUACACAGACGCUGUUAAAAAUUUUCUGGAUCUUAUCUCAUCUUCUGGGAGGUGGGACCAGAAGACCAUUGAGAUGCCUAUCACGCUGAAAGAGGGGUUCAUGAUCAAAAGAGCUCAGGGCAGGAAACGUUUCGGUGUCAAGAACUUCAAGAAUAGGUGGUUCCGUCUCACGAAUCAGGAGUUCACCUACCACAAAGCCAAAGUGUGGGAUGUGUCUGCAGGUGAGGCAGCCCUCUGCAGCAUCCCCAUUGAGAACAUCCUGGCAGUGGAGAGGCUGGAGGAGGAGUCCUUCAAGAUGAAGAAUAUGUUCCAGGUCAUCCAGCCAGAGAGGGCGCUCUACAUUCAGGCUAACAACUGUGUGGAGGCACGCGACUGGAUAGACAUCCUCACCAAAGUCAGCCAGUGCAACCACAAGCGCCUGAGCAAAUACCACCCCUCCGCCUUCCUCAAUGGCCACUGGCUGUGUUGCAAGCAGUCGGCCGAGUCUGCCUUCGGGUGUACGCCCUGCACGGGAGGUCUGCCUGCCAACAUCCAGCUGGACAUAGAUGCAGACAGGGAGAGUGAGCGCAUCUACACCCUCUUCAACACAUACAUGCACAAACUGGAUAAGAUGCAAGAGGCGUGUGGCAGUAAGGCAGUGUAUAAUGGCCUUGAGGAAGAUGAGUACUCAGGGUUCGUCAUCGAUGACGCGAAGGAGACCUACAAGACGCUGAAGCUCAUCAUCUCGGCUGUGCAUACUCUAGAACAGGAGCACGUUCAGUACGAACAAGACAAGUUCAGGAAGACAAAGUAUGGUAGCCAGGAAUAUCCAAUCGGAGACAUGGCCUUGCAGUGUUACAUCCGACAGCAGUCGGAGGGCACCCCCUAGUGCAUCUGAUCGCACCUCUGUUGCCAUGGCGCUUGAAGUGACACACCUCCCUUGUUCCUCGAGGGAGGAGGGCGUGCAAGAAAACAAAGCCAUGGGACACAGAAACACCCUGCAAAUGGCAACAGGACAGUUUUUAUUUUUUGAAAGUUUUAGAGUUUUUUGUUUUCGCUGCCAGGUGCGACAGGGGCUCUGCACUUUAACCGUCCUGACCUCCUGGAUGAACAAACCCAGCCUCCUGCCACCUUUUAAGCUCUGUUUUAGUGUGAAUUUUGUUAAAUAUAUUUUUUCAGGACCAGCCAAUGUCUGCAUUACAUUCAUUUAGCAAACGAAUGUCUACAAAUCUUUGAAACCUUGUUUUUAAAAUGUUUAGUAUGUGUUAAACUUCUCAGUGACCAAGCCUCAGCUCCACAGUGAAAGUCUUUUCAGGUCUUUUCAGGUGUUUCAGAAGUCCAAGUCUGAACAUAUUUAUUUGUUUGUUUUCAUAUUGAUAAAUUCUGCAUUUGACCUGCGCAGAUUCAUUGUCCCAUAUAUUAUCUGGAUGGUCUGGUGGGCAUUCUGAUGGGCACAGGGGAUGAGGUGACCCAUCAGGGCCAUAUAGAGGUUAGUAAAACUGCAUAGGUCUUCACAGAAUUUAAUACCCCACUCUGUUCAGCAGGAGACCCCAAGCACAGCUUCUUAGCAUGUGUGAGCAUUGUCUGCUGCCGAUAGCUCCAGUUAGUGUGCAGAUGAAGACUCCCCGGGGUUGGUUUUCAGUUGAACACUCUCCUGGAUUAGUAUUCUUAUGCUCAUUCUCUUUGUUUUCAUUCCUAAACCCACUUCUGCUGUGAAAUGCUAUGGUUCUGUCACAGCAUCUUAGCAAAGGUACAGAGUACCCAGCCAGGUGUGGCCUCACACAGGGCACUUUGGGUAAUGUAGUUCUCCAUACUCCAUGGUUCAUAUCUGGACACUGCCUUUGACUGACAGAUUCAGUAUGCAUGGUUACUCUUCUGACACCUCAAAACUGCAGGGUAUGUCGGGUCUUUGACUUCACCACUGACCCUUGUGUUUUAUAGAAAUAUUUCACACGCCUGUUUUUAUGCAUUUCAGUUUAUUUUAAUUCUGAAGAAUGAGAUUAUUUCCUUUAUCGUCUGAGUAUAUAGAGAAAUUAGUUGCACCAAGUA